AUUCCUUUCAGCAUCUCGAACACGUGCUGGACAGAAAUUGCAGAACGGGCAGCAGUGCUACAACCUUGGAGCACCGGAUGAGCUGGCGGCAGCUGAAGACCGGCCUGUCAACGCGGCGAAACGGAAGCGCACCGGGGAGGCCGAAGUUGUGACUUGAGUGCCGUGCUUUCGCAGCACAUUGCAUUGCCGUCAUGGCCGUCCGGUACUUCCACGUGGCCGACUACUGCGUGCUUGUGGCUGUGCUGGGAAUCUCGUCGUUCAUAGGCGUGUACUUUGCCUGGAAAGACCGCCGCAGCACCAACAAAAAGGAUUUCUUCGGGGGAAGUAGGCAACUACAGAUGUUUCCGGUGACAAUGUCCAUGAUGGCCAGUUUCAUGUCAGCGAUUGCCAUCUUGGGCAUACCUGCAGAAAACUUCCUCUACGGCUCCCAGUAUAUGGUGAACUUCAUCGGCAUCAUCAUCGCCAGCGUUCUGGCUGCUCACGUAUUUAUGCCCGUGUUCUACGAUAUGGAGAUGAUCAGCGUGAACCAGUACCUGGAGAAGCGGUUCAAUUCUGUGGUGAUCCGAAAGUUUGCUUCCGCCUUGACUGUGAUAGAAAUGUGUUUUUUCAUGGGCGUAGUGCUCUACGGCCCGUCACUUGCACUUGGGUCGGUGACGGGUCUUCCAGUGUGGCUCUCUAUUGUGCUGAACGGAAGUGUUUGCGCCUUCUACACGACAGUAGGAGGCAUCAAAGCGGUCGUUUGGACUGACGUGCUGCAAAUACUGCUGAUGAUUUGCGGACUCCUCAUUGUCACGAUCAAGGGCUUCAUUUUGACUGGUGGGCCUAAUGCAGUUUUCGAGACUGUCAACAAACACGGACUACUAGAGUUUUUUGACAUGACCUUAGAUUUUCAGAAGACGUUCACAUUCUGGAGCGUCGUGUUCGGAACCGGGAUCACAUGGAUGACAGGAUUCUGCACCAACCAGGUCAUGGUUCAGCGCUACUGCAGCCUCAGAUCGACUCGCAAGGCACGCACGGCGCUGUACAUUAAUAUGGUCGGAAUCAUCGCAAUUCUGGCGUGUUCUGCGCUAUGUGGCCUGCUGCUCUUCGCGCUCUAUCAUCGCUGUGACCCGGUCAAGGCAUCCAUAAUUAGCAAGUACGACCAGUUGAUGCCGUACUUUGUGAUGGACACGUUGGGCCACCUACCUGGGAUCACGGGACUUUUUGUCACGGCCGUUUAUAGUGGAUCGCUCAGCACUUUGUCGUCUGGCUACAACGCCUUGGCCGCCAUCACAUGGGAAGAUUUUCUAAAGCCCAUGGUGAAGCUCUCUCCCAAAGGUGUCAUGUGGGCAACGAAGGCGAUAGCUGCCGGUUUCGGUCUCAUCGCGGUGGCCAUUGCAUUUCUCUCGGGAAGCUUGCCUUCUAUAUUAUCGGCCACUUUCGUCACGACUGGAUCAAUAAAAGGCGCCACUUGCGCCUUAUUCUUCCUUGGCCUUCUGUUUCCAUGGUGUGGAAGCACGACCGCCCUGCUGUCCAUGUUUACGGGUUUGGCGGUGGCCUUGUGGGUGGCUGUCGGACGCCUGCUGUAUCCUGCCAGGCCCACUGCUGCUCGCACUACUCUAGAGGCCUGCACAUGGAACUACACCGUCGUUGUGCACCCACAUCGGACUUACUACUCAGGCGGCAUAUACGACCUGUACAACGUGUCAUACAUGUGGAUUCCGGUCAUAAGCUUUUUCGUCACGCUCGUAGUAGCCAUUUCCUUGACGACUAUUUGUGGCUUUAAGAAGUCAGCCAAUGUAGAUCCGAGCUCGAUAGCACCGUGCAUGAGGAAAAUCUACCUGAAGACAAGGACCCAGGAGAAACAACAGCCAGCCAAGGAACCAAAACAUGUGCCGAUGAAGCCAGAGGAGAAACCCUAUGACAGACCGGUGGAGCUCAGCGUAAUCACCAGAAAUGGGAACGGUUACCUUAACCACGCUAUGACGAAUGACGACGUCGUGGAGCGAACAGUGAUUUAGGCGUGGAAAAUACCACAAUGUACUACAAUUGACAAGUAUUAGCGUGGCUGGUGUACCCGGGUUUAUGAGCCUUCGAUUGUCUAUGCAAAGAACUCUUACUAUAUUGUAGAUAAUGCUGUAGUAUACACAAUAAUGCAUCUGUUAUCGCGAUGAAGGAUAACGUGGUCAUGAAAAAAGCGGCCAUUUGAGCUGCCUUCACUUCGAGCCAACUAGUCUCGCAUUUGCAAUUCAUCGCCAUUUUAUCGACGGCUUAACGGGCCAUGCAGUGUUGCCAUUAAAGGCGUCAGUGUUCUGUAUAUGUUACAAUUUUUUUUCAGCGGUACAAUCUUGAAUUGGAAACCCAUACGCAAAAAUAUAUUUUUGACGUCAGGCUUGUUUUGUCCGAAUGUAUGUUUCGUAUUCUCUGUUUUUCAUUGCCCGCAGUGGUCAUCUGUGUGUUUGAUGGAUUGUUUUGUUUACAAGAUAUUGGCAAUAGCGGAAAUAGGUAUGUCGCGGGACCCUCACGACAAUAAAUUGUUGAAUGAAUUAAAGAAUCACGUGAGAAAGGCCGGUCACUGCCUCACAUGGAGAGGCCAUCUCUUCGAUGUCAUCUUAGGUGUUUAGUGCCAGCUUUCACGGCCUUAGGUACUCACCAGUCAUUUACAACAGAUAUUUCAUGCUUAGUUUGCGCAUUAUAACUGGUGUGCUUUAGGGCUGCUCCGCAGAGCAACAGUCACAACACCACAGAUUCGUGGGGUUAAACGUCCUUAAUCCGCAUUUGCGAUGCGUAGCGGGGCGGCAGGGGCUGUAGGUGACCUCUAACACCUAAUAACU